AUGAGGCUAUCUCUUCUUGUAACGUGCAUUUGCGCACAGCAGGUGCUCGAGCCUAAGGUGGGAGCUGCUGCUCAUCCCCAAGCGGCCCCAGCCCAGGCGGUCCCAGCUCCGGCGGUCCCAGCUCAAGGCGUCCAACAGCAAUACGUUCAGGUCCAGCCCCAAGUGGUUCCCCAGGCAGUGCCGCAGGUGGCUGCGCCCCAGGUGCCGGUGCAACAAAUUCCGGUAGUCCAAAUGGCAGCCAAUCAGCAGCAAUACGUCGUCCAGCAACCUACCGCCGCUCAGCAACCGAUGGCACAGCAACCGGUGGUGCAGCCACCGGUGGUGGCUCAGCAACCCUCCGCGGCCGGGUCGGUCGGACAGGCGGCUCCCAGUCAGGUUCAGUACGUUGGGCAGUACGAGCAGGCUGUUCCCGUGCAGCCGCACGUGGUGCAGAGUCCCGCUCAAGUGGUUCAGGCCCAAGUCCACCAUCAGCAGGCUGUGCCUCAGCAGGCUGUGCCUCAGCAGGCUGUGCCUCAGCAGGCUGUGCCUCAGCAGGUUGUACCUCAGCAGGUUGUGCCUCAGCAGGUUGUACCUCAGCAGGUUGUGCCUCAGCAGGUUGUGCCUCAGCAGGCAGUGCCUCAGCAGGCAGUGCCUCAGCAGGCAGUGCCUCAGCAGGCAGUGCCGCAGGCGGGUCCUGUGAUGGUCAACUUGGCUCAGCAGCAAGCAGCAGCUAUCGCCCAGCAGCAGUACCAGCAGGCAGUGCAGAUGCAGCACGCAGCGCAGAUUCAGCAAGCCCAUAUCCAGCAAGCGCAGAUUCAGCAGGCCCAGAUUCAGCAGGCGGCGGCGGUUCAGGCUCAGGCGGCAGCAGCAAAGCGGCAAGCGCAGGUGGUAGGUGCCCCGAACGUGUCGGUGGUGGACUAUAGUGCAUCCAAUGGUUCGACGGGUACGAUUGCGGAUGAGUGGGAUCGUAUGAUGCAGAACUUUAUGCCAGAGAUGAUAUUAACAUUUCGAAUGGGUGGUGGUGAACAGGAGCACUUCCACCAAGACGUGAUCAAGAGCGGUUUAUUGAUUCGUGGUGGCUUCUUCGAGAGCAGUGGCGAUGGCGAUCAAAAGUCAAUAUCAUUUAAAAUUGUGGCACCUUCAGGCAAAGUCGUAUUCAACUCAGCAGCACCCCUUACUAAAAAAACCGCAGUUGGUAAAAAUGCUAAUCCCAGUGCACCUAAUACCGGUGGCAAUAGCCCUAGUGGUGAAGGCUUGUUCAGCAUCAUAACAGAGGAAGCAGGGACAUACACCUUUGCCGUUACAUUACCCCAUUGGUCCAAGUCAAAGUACGUCACUUUCGUCGUCGGCUCAGGUGAGACCAGAUCUCUUUCCAACGAAGAUAUUAGCUCUGUCGAUGGAAAUCUUCAACUACUCUAUCGAACCGUUUCCGACAUAGAAACACAAAAUUCUAUUCUUUGGAUGAGGCAACGCCUACAAGCUGACCAGAUUAAAAAAACCACCAACAAGACCUACUACGCAUUCGUCAUCGAAAUGAUCUGCACUGCUGCCGCUACCCUCGCACAAUUGUCUACCGUCAAGAGAAUGGUCACCAAACGGUCUCUAUUCUAA